AUGGUCAACAAUCAGUUUCCAGGUCCGAUGAUUGAGGCAAACUGGGGAGAUUGGAUUGAAGUGACAGUGACCAACAACAUUGAGUAUCCCUUUGAAGGCACAGCCAUUCAUUGGCACGGAUUCCUUCAAAGGGGAACCAACUGGGCCGAUGGCGUUCCCUCUAUCGGGCAAUGUCCGAUUGCACCAUCGAAGACGCAUACCUACAGAUUCCAAGCACAACUCCAUGGAAGCUCUUGGUGGCACGCUCAUUACUCUGCUCAAUACACCGCGGGUAUUUUGGGGCCUAUUGUCGUCCACGGACCGACUUCGCUGCCUUAUGACAUUGACGUUGGCCCUGUCAUGCUCACUGAUUGGUAUCAUCUGCCAUACUUCAGCAUUGUCGCGGACGCAGUCGGGACGGACAUGUCGGUCAUUCCACCAACAAGCGACAGCUUGCUCAUCAACGGCCGUGGUCGGUUUGACUGCUCGCUACCCCCGACAAUUUCGAAUGAGCGUACCGAGUAUGCUGCCAGCUUCGUUCCUGCCAACGUUACCUGGACCUGUGUUGACAAUGCGGAACUGGCAAAGUUCAAGUUCCAGCCUGGAAAGACGCACAGAUUGCGAUUGAUGAAUGUCGGCGCCGAUGGUGUGCAGAAGUUCUCCAUCGAUGGCCACCAGAUGACAGUCAUAUCCUACGACUUUGUCCCCACAACCCCUCAUACCACCGAUGUUGUGACACUUGGCGUUGGUCAGCGUGCCGAUGUUCUCGUGACAGCCGACAACGACAGCGCGGACAAAUUCUGGAUGCGCACCUCCGCUCCUGGUGCCGACGUUUGUGGUGGCUCCGACCAAGGAGAGAUCCAAGCUAUCGUCUACUACGAAGGAGCCGAUACAACUCUCGAUCCCACCACCACAAGCACGGUGACGGACAAUUCUUGCGAUACCCUCGCCAUUGACGCUGUUGAGCCAGAAUACUCCAUCACUCCCAGUAGCGAGGGAGUCUACCACCUCGACCUCACCAUCGCAUUGAUCAAAAACUCCACAGGAAACAUGGAAUGGCAACUCAACUCCCAAACCUACCGUGCCAACUUCAACGUCCCACUCCUCUACGAAGCGGUAGAAGGUCGCACCUCCUUCCMAGAUGAACCGCAAUGGCACACCCYCAACCUCGCCAACAACGCCACCAUCAUCGUCAACAUCACCAACGCCACCCCAUUCUACCACCCUUUCCAUCUCCACGGCCACAACUUCUACGUCUUGAAUGAGGGACAAGAAGGCACGGUCUGGGAUGGCACCACCCGCAAUCCCACCAAUCCCAUGCGGAGAGACACGCAGAUGGUGCCGCAACUAGGCUGGGCGGCAUUGCAGUUUGAGAACGACAACCCGGGAGUGUGGCCUUUUCACUGCCACGUUGCAUGGCAUUUGUCCGGGGGGUUGGCGAUGAAUUUCAUCAUGCAGCCUGACAAUAUCCCCACGAUUCCAGAGGGCGAGAGGGCGGCGACUUGUUCGGCUUGGGACGAGUAUUCAAGGGAGAAUGUGGUGGAUCAGAUUGAUGCUGGGUCGUAG